UCGAUAAUUAGAAAUUUCCCUCUACUCUCUUCCGUUACGCUUUUAGACUGGUGCAAUGCGUAUAAUUAAGAGUCUAUAAGUACCUUUAACGCUGCAGGUAUUCAAUUGUCCAGUUGUCAUUCAAUCAUUCCUACAAAAUGGCAGAUCUUAAAGAGAGAGAAAUUGAAGACGCAGAGUUUGCCUUUGACAUAUAUGCGGAUGAUGGCGUUUUGGAUGGAACCAUGUUAGGAAAAGUUCUACGUGCCCUUCAGUUAAACCCCAGCCUGGAAUCUUUGGAAAAGUUGGGAGCUACUAAAAAGAAAGGUGAAAAAAAAUUCAAAUUUGAAGAAUUUUUACCGAUAUUUAGUGAUUGUAAGAAAGAAAAAAAGGAUCAAGGAUGUUACGAGGACUUCAUUGAAUGCCUGAAAUUGUAUGAUAAAGCGGAAGACGGUAAAAUGAUGGUGGCGGAACUUCAUCACGCACUUAUGGCGUUAGGUGAAAAAUUAUCGGAAGCGGAAGUGGACACCUUAUUUGAAGAUUGCAUGGGGGAAGAAGAUGACGAGGGUCAAAUUGAGUACGCCCCAUUUCUCAAGAAGAUGUGCGAACGGACGUGAUCCAAAACAAAGUACGUAUUAUAUAACCAUCAAAAGACGAACUACUUCCCACUAUAAUCAUGGUCAGAUGAACUUA